AUGAGCUCAGAUCAGCAAACUAAUUGGCGCUUGCACAACGAGGUUGACCAAAUACUUGCUGAUCUUCAGUAUCUCAACAUGACUGGCUUGGUACAAUAUGAUUCCCAGCGCCCGGUUGCACAAGGUGGAUAUGGCAACAUAUACAGAGGUCAUUACCUCCUGCCAGACAGUACACUAUACCCUGUUACUAUUAAAUGCUUGAGAGUAUACAUGGAUGGUGGCCGAGAUGUUGUACGCGUCUUCAAGCGCAAAAUUAGGCCAUGGAGUAGAUUGGCCCACUGCAAUAUCCUCCCGUUGGCAGGGUACAUGCUUGAAGAGGCCAGCAAUGGAUCACCUCGCUUACCUUCAUUAGUUUCAUCCUGGAUGGAUAAUGGAAAUGCUCGUAGUAUGGCGGAAGGUCUUGCGUAUCUUCACGCAAACAAUAUUGUACACUCGGAUUUCAAAUCCGCAAUGUUCUCAUUUCUCCAGGUCAUGAGGCACUCGUUAGCGAUUUCGGAGCCGCUCACGUCUUCCACGAAGCCCAGAUGA